AACGAAAAAAAUAUGCUGGUGCCUCUCAGCUGUUUGAGGUUUUUUUGUUUUUAAAAACAACAGCCUACAGCUGAAUUCCUGCUGCUUUCUUUAGGGAAAUAAAACUCAACAGGGUUAUUUAUUCUCACAGAAACUCUGCAAGUUUUGCGUGUUUGAGGUAGCAUCAUGCAGUAAGCCAUUGUUGUUGCUUUAAGAGUGGCAAGCUGUUGUGUGUGAUCUCAUCUUGCCUGUCUUCCACGCCUCCUCCUUUCAGAGCAGAGCCAGAAGUUUUUCUUUCUGUUCCCACUCCCCUUGGCUGGACAAGGUGGGCUCCACCUCCUCCCGGGGCACUCGCCAUCCUCAGGCUGGCAGCUCCUAAACUCCUCCUGCCUCUACCUGCUGUAAACCACUGACCCGAGUGACAGGUUUCUCCUGCUGCUUCCAGGGCCUUGAAACAGUCGGUGCCAUUGAUGAAGACCCAGAAAACAGCUCUGAAUUUGUGUCAUUAUUCCUGGCAGGGAUGUCUUUUACUGUAACUACUGGACGGGCCUUGCAGUUGUACCGGGUAAUAAUGUCUCGGGCCAGAAGGAAGGCGGCAGGAGGACAGUUGGGUGUUUCCUGAGCUGGGUCACUGUGCCGAGUGAAACCGAAAUGGCAGUGGGGAAAUAAAAUCAGUGCAAUGUGUGAAGGGAAAAUCCAGACUUCAUCCCGUGUUGCUCACGUAGGAGAUUUCCUUUUGUCACAGCUUUUCCAGCCUCUGGCCAGAUCCCAGGGUUUCACCUGCUAUUUGGUGCGAGAGUUGAAAUAAAGCCUUGCCACAAAUUAUAUCCCUUCCGCUUUAGAAGUGGUUUAUUGCAGACACGUUUUCUUUAAUAGCUACAGGAAGCCUUGUUGGCAGCGUGUUUUAAUUAUGCUCUGAAGUUAAUCAAGGAAAGAUAAACCAUUUUGAACACAGGAAGCUAAACAGCUAAUCAUGCACUUGAGUGCCUGUUUCCACGGGGGAUGCACAAGUACUUAAGCGUCGCUGAAGUCCCAGCACAUCAGAAAUCUGUUAAAUGGCUCUGGAGCCCGGGCUGUAUUGGGCAGGGGAGGAAACCACCCAAGGCGAGGCGCCUGCUCGCUCUCUGCGGUCACUAGGGGGAGAGAGGCGGCUGGGAUCGGGAGACUCGCAAUCGCCCUCUGGAAAACCCCAGCUCUGCACGAGCUGCGAAGGAAGCCUAAAGAGACCGAGCGGAAAUUAAGUACCUAAAACAGUACAGCUACUUAAUUUCCCCACUGUAAACUACUCCUCUGAACUGUUCCUGGAGGUAAUACGGUUCCCUUAAAAAGCUCAAUUUUCUUAUUUUUUUCUCCAUUUAGAGAGCCAAAUAUUUCUUUGGUGUUAAAAGCAGAGGUGUAUAGCUUGGAAUGAAGGUCGCUCACUCUUUGGAAGCUACGUGGUGCGUUUGUACUCCCAGCUGCUCCCCUCUGAGGAACUCCUGCCCAGCUACAGCCAUGUGGUUCUUGGAAAAGAUCAGAGCAUCACAGGAAAAUGGAAAACUUCCUAGCUCCUCCUUCCUGGGACUGCCACCUGGCCAAAAACUGCCUGAAAAAGCCCCCCUGGGGGCUGCUGCUUUCCCUAACGUGCUCACCCCUGACAGAAUCCCUGAAUUCUGCAUCCCUCCCAGGCUGAGCAGCUCUGGCUCUCCGAAGGGCACUGGCUCCUACCAGGACCACAGUUCAGAGGACGCGAAUCUUAAUUCUUCUGGCGGCAGCCUCAGCUCUUCUUUGCCACAUCUCAUUCAGGUGGAAAGUGCUGAAGAGAUCCCAGCCCUGGAGGGAGAGAGCACCAACUCGGACCCACAGUCCCAAGCAGCGCUCUCCCUGCCUCACUUCCUCAGAGCCUCCACUUCUUACGGCUUCUGCACUUUGAUGGAGAGCCCACACACCCGGAGGAAGGAGUCUCUCUUCCACGGCGACUCCCGUGGUGCUCUGCCCAGCCUGAUGCUCUCUCGAUCCAGAGCAAACACAUACAGUGGCAAAGGGAGCGUGUCUAAUCCCAUUGCCAUCAGCUUUGCUUCUGUGAGGCUGCCCCCCAGGCACCCAGCCCUGCGCAGGCAAGGCGCCUGCGACAGCGAUACUGCCUCCUCCAGCGAUUCCUCUCCUUUCAGUUCUCCUCUUCUCAGCAGAUCACCUCCCAGAUCCUGCUCCCUGAUCAAAACGCAAAGCCAGGAGGGAUUGCUCUGCAGAGCGCUGAAAGGCAAGAACAAAUCCAGCAUGGCCAGGAACAAUUCUCUCUCUACAGAGGAGAGCAGCUCCUCUGAUAACAGCCCCAGUGCCAACAGGCGGGCCUCCGAGGGACUGCUUGCCAUGCGGAGCUUUAGCUUGUCCUGUUCUCCCAUCUUUCCCCUGGACCUGGCCUGCAGCAGGGAGAGACUGGUGGGGGAGAGCACUGUGGCGAUGGACAAGGGAGGUGUGCUGAGGCUGUUGGCCGAGCACUGCUCGGAAAACGAAAGACUGCGGAUCCGCCUGAUCAGUGCAGAGGGUUUAUACGAUGACUCUGUAGAGGCCAAAAGCAUAAACUGCUGCAUCACCUUCUCCCUGGUGCCAGGGAAAACACAGAAGCAGAGAAGCACUGUUAUAAAACGAAGCAGAAAUCCCAUCUUCAAUGAGGACUUCUUCUUUGAUGGCAUUGCAGAAGAAGAGCUUCACAGACUCUCUGUAAGGAUGAAAGCAAUGAAUAAAGGGUGCAGUAUGAAACGAGAUUACACCUUGGGAGAACGAGAAUUGUCUUUAAUGAGUAUGUUGUCAAUGUAA